AUGGCAACUAAAAUUUCCACAGAAUUAUUGAUUAUGAUUUUAAAUAAUGUUCAAUCAAUUCAAGAUUUACAUUCAUCCUUAUUAGUUAAUCGAAUCUGGUGUAAAGUUACUAUACCUAUACUUUGGGAAUUACCUUUGGGUCAAGAAUGUUGCACAGAUAAUAAGAAGUUGAGGAAGAAAGCAUUAUGUAUUCGAACUUAUAUAUCAUGUAUGGAUGCUCAAGCUAGAACUUUACUUAUUCAAAAUGGAUUUUAUUUAUCAUUAUCACCACCUCGGGUCACUUUUGAUUAUCCAUCAUUCACUCAUAAACUUAGAACUGAUAAUUUAGUUUAUUUUAUUUCCAUAUAUUCACCACAAAUUAGUCCACUACAAAUUACUGGUCCAGGUCGCUAUAAUAAUAAUAAUGAAAUCUCUAUCACCAAAUCGAGAAUAUUAUUUCAUGAGAUAUGUAAAUUAAUAAUUAAUCGUUGUUCAUUUCUGGAAUAUUUUAAAUUGGCUAAAGUUCCAGGAGAAUUUAGAAAUAGUGAUUUAAUUGGUUCAAUUCUCAAGUUACCUAGUGCCCCAGAAGUAUUUAGGAAAUUAGAAAGUCUUACUUUGAAAAUAAGAGAUGAACUAAUUUAUUCAUUAUAUAAAUCGUUAAAAUUAAUUUGUGAGAAUAUUUUAAAUAUGGAUUUGGAAUUUAAUUCACAUGAUCAAUUAUUACCAGAAUUUAUCAGUGUCCAAAAACGGUUAGAAAAUCUAUCAAUUACUUCUAGCUAUUUUCUAAAUUGUAAUUCAUUAUUAUGGGCUAUCAUUAGUCAAAGAGAAACAUUAAAGAUUCUUCGUUUAAAAUUUUUAAAUUUUUGUCAUUUCUGGGGGAAAUUAUCACCAAUCGGAGAAUUUAUUUCACUUCAAGAACUUUAUAUUGAUGAUUGUUGUGAAUUUAAUUUAGAUUGUCAAUUAUUGGCCUCAUCAUUUACUCGAUUAAAUAGAUUUCAUUUUAGAAAUAAAUAUGGUACGCCUCAAGAAUUCAUUAUAAAAAUUCUUGAAACGGCCAAUAUUAAUUUAAAAAAUAUUUAUUUAGAUUUAUAUCCCACAAUUACAUCUGAUACAUUUUCAGCAAUUUUAAAUUAUUGUACAAAGGUUACCAAAUUAACUUUAUAUAAUUUAAGUUUUGAACAAGUAAUAGCAAUAUUUAAUAAUAAUUUUAAUGAAUUAAGGGUAUUUUCAUUUGAUUGUAUCGAAGAAGGAUUUGAUGCUAAUAAAUUAUUAUGCCAAAUGGAUGAAAAAAUACUUGAAAUAUUGAAAAUGGAACGGGGAUAUUUAGUGUUGAUAGUUUAA